UCGAGCACCAAUAUUAAAUGCUGCAAGUUAGCGCUAGGGUUCGGAAUGUCGCGUUAUCGUUCACGCAUGAUUUAUUUUGUCAACCUUUCAACUGCCAAGAUGCGUUUUUGUCCUCCCGUUACAAGAGUCGGCCGUUUUGAGCUCCUUUGUCUGUGUCCGUGCAGGAAUGCUCCUGGAACCGGAGGAAGGGAAGAGCGAGAGUUAUGCUGUGUCUGUGGCAAUGUUUCGAGCAGACGGGAUGACUUACAUGGGCGCGCCAAGGAACGCACUGAAGACACCGCCCACAUUUGCAAAGCAUGUGAUCAAUGGUCCGUGAACAAGUCUAAGUUUGUAGAGCAUUCCCGCAACCUUACUGAAAAAAAACACAAAUGCGAAACCUGUGGUAAACAGUUCCGCCGUGCCCACCACCUAGCUCAACAUUACCGCACGCACACAGACGAGAGACCCUACAAAUGCAAUAUGUGCGAUAAGUCAUUCCGGCAGUCUGGUCAUCUAGAUAAUCAUAAGCGCACGCAUACAGACGAGAGACCCUACAAAUGUGAAAUAUGUAAUAAAUCGUUCCAGCGGUCUUGUUUUCUAGAAGAACACAAGCGCACGCACACAGGUGAGAAACCCUACAUUUGCAAAACAUGCGGUAAAUCCUUCGCGCAGGCGUCGUCUCUCCGUAGACAUAAGCACGUUCACGCAGAAGUGAAACAUCAUGUAUGCCACAAAUGUGCGAAAUCAUUCAAGCACAAAUAUAGUCUCAACAGACACGUAGACUCACAUUGUGGAAACAGUGCUUUCAUUUGCGAAAUUUGCGAUCGAUCCUUUCGUAACAAUUCAAAUCUCCUUCGUCACCGCCAAACAAAGCACGUGGAUAAAACACCGUAUGAGUGUACGCAGUGCGGAUGUCGUUUUGCAGACAAGGAAACACGCGAUAGACAUGUGUGCCAGAAGGGAUGCAAGAUGUGAACGAUGCCGUCUGGUUGUUUGAAAUUGCGCCAAAAGACCUCGUGGCCAGAAGUAUUUGGGGUGCUUGAGUGUCGAAAAAUACUGCAGGUUCUGGACAGCGCUCACUGUUCCAUGAACUAUGUACUUGGUGAACGUUGCUUUAUCAAACUGACUUCAAGACAAACCCUAAUGGGCUGCAAGAUUGCGUUUUCUCUAACUACAUGUUUAAAAU